AUGCUUUUGAGGAAUAUUGAUCAGCAAAACGGUUUAUGUAAUGGUACGCGUCUUCAAAUUACACGUCUUGGUAAACGUGUUAUCGAGGUUGAGAUAUUAUCGGGAGGUAAUGUUGGUUUAAGAACUUACAUUCCAAGAAUUAACAUGAUACCGUCUGACAAGAAAAUACCCUUCAAGUUUCAACGGAGGCAGUUUCCAAUAAUCGUAUGCUUUGCGAUGACUAUUAACAAAAGUCAAGGACAAUCUCUAUCAAGAGUCGGUCUUUACUUGAGAGACCCUGUAUUUUCACAUGGCCAAUUGUAUGUUGCGUUAUCGAGAGUGAAGACUAAAGAUGGCGUCAAGCUUUUAAUAUUUGACAAGGAUGGGAGGCCGACAAAUAAAACGACGAACGUAGUUUACAAAGAGAUCUUUGGGAAUUUGUAG